GAAAAAAAAGAUAAAAUUAUUAAGCACAUACAUGCGUCCCCUUCUCUCUUUCUAGUUUGCCAUCAUCACCGUAACUCAGUUUUCCAAUGGCUGUGACUCACCCAUCGCCGCCGCAAAAGCCGACCAGCGUUAAAGCACUAGCUGAAUCGCCUGGUUUUUCUUCUCUCCCUUCCGUUUACACUUUCCCAAAACACCCCAAUGGUGAAGUAUUUUCAGACACAAAAGAAUCAAUCCCCACCAUCGAUUUCUCUCUUCUCACCUCCAGUAACAUCGAUGAACGGUCUAAAACCAUCCAAGAGCUUGGAAAAGCCUGUAAAGACUGGGGCUUCUUCAUGGUGAUCAAUCAUGGGGUUCCGGAGAGCAUGAUGAAGGCAAUCAUUGAUGCUUGCGGCGAAUUUUUCGAGCUGACGGAGGGAGAGAAGGGAGAAUAUGAAGGGAAGUAUGUGUUGGAUCCGAUAAGAUUUGGAACCAGUUUCAACGCAUCGGUGGAUAAAAUUUUAUGCUGGAGAGAUUAUCUCAAGAUUUUUCAGCAUCCCGAGUUCCACUCACCCCGCAGGCCGCCUGCCUUCAGAGAAAUUGCUAGGGAAUACAGCAAAAGAGUCCGGCAAGUAGCCAAAGAAAUACUAAGAGGAAUAUCAGAAAGUUUGGGAUUAGAAGAUAACUACAUUGAUGAAACCUUAGACCUGCAAAACGGCCUGCAAGUCUUGGUUGCAAACUUCUAUCCGCCGUGUCCGCAGCCGGAGCUCGCGAUGGGGUUGCCGGCUCAUUCAGACCAUGGCCUCUUGACCCUCCUAAUCCAAAACCAAAUCGGUGGCCUUCAAGUGCAGCACAACGGAAAAUGGGUCAACAUCGACCCCAUCCCCAAUUCUUUUCUUGCCAACAUUGGUGACCACAUUGAGAUUUUGAGCAAUGGGAAGUACAACAGUGUUCUCCAUCGGGCCGUGGUUAAUAACAGAGAUGUAAGGAUAUCCAUAGCAAUGCCGCACGGACCGGCACUUGAUGCAGUUGUUGGGCCAGCGUCGAAGUUGGUGGAAGAUGAGCGGAACCCACCGGAAUACCGAGCGAUGAAAUACAAGGAAUAUUUAGAGCUCCAACAAGGCAGCAUGCUCAACGGAAAAUCUUGCUUGGAUAUUGUACGAAACAAAGUAAUUUAGGGACCUUUUGAUGGCACUGGAGCUCGGUGCGUUGAUAUUUUUCUAAGCGAAAAUGCCCCAAUUUAAACGCACCAUCAUCGAGGGAGUUUAGAAAUGCGUUGGACCACCAAUAAUGGAUACAAUUUCUAUUCUUUAUAUAUUAUUAUUAUUACUAUGA